AGCUAACUCAGCUGUCGGUCCACUUGCCUUGAAGCCCAUGGCGCCUGAGCUGACCCAGCUGGAUGACAUCUUUCGGCAGGUGGCAAGGAAGUUCCCUGAGGUCACGGAUUGGCUUUGCCCCAUAAGAGGGCUGCUGAUGGAGGACCCUGUCAAGGCCGAGGACGGCUUCAACUACGAGCGCGCUGCAAUCCAAACAUGGCUUGAGGCCUCGGACGUGUCGCCGCAGACUCGGGAGAGAAUGGGAAAGCUGUUGGAGGAGAACAUUUGCCUCAAAGGAGUGAUCCAGCAGUUCAAGGCUUUUCUCAAGGAUGGGGUGAGGGAGGUGACUUUGGCUUGGACGCAUGGUGGCCUGACCGACAACACAAAGCGGAAGGUCACUUUGGCGCCUUCGGAUGUUGAGUCCAUCAGCAGGAAGGAGAUGUGUCAGGAAUUGAGCAAGUUCUUCAAGGAGCUGGAUCCUGUUGAAGACCUUCUACAUUCGACGCUGGAUGGCCUGAAAGUGCCCAAGAUUGUGGUGGUGGGUGAUGAAAGCGCUGGCAAGUCGACCAUUUUGGAGAUGCUGGCCAUGCUGCCGGUCUUUCCGCGGAAUGCUCGCUGCUGCACACGCAUGGCUAUCCAUCUGCGGCUCCGGCGCACUCCCGGCGUCAGCCGAGCCACUUUGACUGUCUCGUCUGCAAAGGGCGAGACAAAGGACGUAUCUAUGGACAUGCCGCAAGAGAACGGCUGGCUGCUUGUGGAGGAGCAAAUGAAACGUUUGCAGCAGGAGCUUUCUGAAGGCUCGAAGAUCAUUUCGGACAAGAAGAUCAUUGUCGAAGUGCACCGUCCUGACGUUCCGUGCCUUGACUUGGUGGACUUGCCUGGCAUGGUGCAAAGUCCACCCGACAAGGCUCGGCAGAUCGAGGCGAUCUACGAGCAGCAGCUCAAUGAUGACAAGUCCAAUGGCAAUCAAUGCAUCUACCUAGCUGUUGUGGCAGCGUCAGGUCAGGCACAGCCCCACACGAAAAAAUCAGUGGAGUUCAUCGUGAAGCACGGGCUCCAGGGCCGCACGUGUGGAAUCUUCUCAAAAUGCGAUGAGAACAAUGAUGCAGAUGCGCUGCGUGCGCUGACCCUUGGCGAGUGCACAGAGGACGGCGAGUCAGCUGAAUCUUUGGGCGGCAUCCAGUUGGCCAACGGAUGGGUGGCCACCAUGCUGAAGGCUCCGAAUGGAGAGCAUUUCAAGCAUCACAACUUCGAGCGGAUCUAUUUGCAGCAGAAACAGGAAGCAGAUUGGUUUGAAAAUCCAAUGGUCCCAGACCGCAAGAAGCACUUCGCAAGCCUCCUCGCAGGGCGGGCUGCUGGGGUGUUUGCUUUGGUGGCUCGCGUGGACGCUGGCUACUUGAAGCAUUUGCAAGAAAAUUGGAAGGAGUUUGCAGUGAGAAGGAUCUUCGAAAAAGAGGCGGAGGCAGAGUUCAGACUGCAAUUGCUCGGAGUUGUGGAGGACGUUGACGAGCGACAACGACUUGCGCAGCAGGAAGUUCAGCGCCGCCUUGGCCCAGACUCGGAGAUGACUACUAUGCGCAAUGCCUUCGUGAAGGAGGUCAUCAAUGAAACAACGGAGGAGCAGGUUCGGCAAGUCUUGAAGGACUUUGCUUCUGGAUACAGCUGUGAAGCACACAACUUCAGGGAGGUCUUGAAGAACAAGAAGGAUGAGUUGAUGAGCAUUCUGGAGAACGUGCUGAAAGAGAUGCAAGCAUGCAUGGUGGAUAAAGUGCAAGACAUCCUGUUGGCAAGCUCCAAGCUGUGCAAAGAUGGAGUCUCCGACUUCAACAUUUGCACCGGCUCCUUGCGGCUGUACAAGCAGGGAGCCUGCAAAAGCCAGUGGGAUGUGCAGGAGAAGCUGAAGGAGGAGCGCAUCAUCCAGCUUUGCUGCUAUCGAGAUUAUGUCCAGGCGAUCGUCCGGGAGCAUGAGAAAGUGUGCUCCCAAACCAUGAGGAACCUUCGCGAGGCAGGCCAGGAGUACAUCAACCUCCUGGUUGACAGGCGUUCGCCGUAUCUCCAGGUGAAAUCUUCCUUUCGGCAUGGAAAAAGGAAAGACUCCAGCGACAGCCGUGUGGUCAUUCAGACGGACGGGCACCGGGACUUCGUGGAUGACUUUCUUGUGUGCUGUCUAGAGCACGUCCCGCAUCCAGAACAGCAGCAAGAUCUUUACAAGUGCAUUGAGGUGGGUGCUGAAACCCCAGAAGCUCGCGCAGAUUUCGAACGUCUGCAAGAGGUGCGCGGCUUGGUGAAGACGGCUCGCGAGAGCGUCAUCAGGGCACUGGCCAUUGGGGAGGAUGAGCUGCAGCAGAUGAGAUGGAAGUUUGAGGUGGACCAGUACGCCAAAGAGGAUGCCAAGGAGGAUCUUCAGAUGGCAGAUGUUCACCACAUGGAGGCCGAGAGUGAGAGGGCCACGCCAGCUUCGUCUCAGCCAAGGAGCGCAGCGCCUGUUGCGGGACCAGAUUUGCAGGAAAAGUGUGAGGAGGCUGCAGACGAGGUUGCCAGUGCUCGCAGUGUUACAUCUUCAGGUGAUACCUGGGGUGAUACCUGGGAGCCCGUCACGUCGCAUUCAGCUUCCACAUCUGAGGCCAGGCCGCCUUCACCAUCCUCCGUGCAGGAGGAGAAGAAGCCUGUAGAGGCCAAGAAGGAAGAGCCAAAGAAGGAUGAGGAGAAGAAGCCUGUAGAGACCAAGAAGGAAGAGCCCAAGAAGGAGGAGGCUAUGAUAAGUCACAAGGAGAAGAAGCCUGUAGAGGCCAAGAAGGAAGAGCCAAAGAAGGAGGAGGCCAUGAAGGGUGACAAGGAGUUUGGAUAUGCAAAAUAUUGGGCUGACGGAAGAGCCAAAGAAGGAGGAGGGGAAGAAGCCUGUAGAGGUCGAGAAGGAAGAGCCAAAGAAGGAGGAGGAGGAGAAAGAAGAGAAUGAGGAAGAGGUGACAGAGGACGCUUGUGGAAGCCGUGAAGCGCUCCAAAUCUAAAGCUGCGGGGGUAGGAAGAGUGGGGUGUGCAAGUGUGUUGCGUGGCUUUUAGGUUUGUACAGAGAUGAAUUUGCGCAGACAGGCGCCUAAGGAGCAUGACAGAUUUGAAUGGCGCAGCUAUUGCAGAUGCGUGUUAGAAUGGCUGGCAGCCUGAGAGCAGAGCCUUUCUGUUCCCUCGCGCCGAAGUCGCGUGUUGUCGCCGGCUAGUAGCCGGGUGGUGCAACAUGC